AUGAAGUAUUGCAAAUUACAUUUUAAAGAAAUAAUUAAUUUAGCAAUUGCUCCAAAUUGUGGAGCUAUAUCUAAUUUUAUUGGUAUUACUCGGGAUAAUUUUGACAACAAAAAAGUUUUAAAAUUAGAGUAUGAAGCAUACGAACCAAUGGCUUUAAAGGAGAUGAAUAACAUUUGUGCUAAAAUUCGUUCUCAGUGGAAUGUUCAUCACAUUGUUAUAUAUCAUCGACUAGGAGAAGUACCAGUAUCAAAAGCAAGUGUAAUAAUUGCUGUUUCAUCUCCUCAUAGAGAAGAAUCAUUAAAAGCUAUUGAAUACGCUAUCAAUGCACUGAAAUCUUCAGUGCCUAUUUGGAAAAAAGAAAUAUAUGAUACACAAGAAACACAAUGGAAAGAAAACCAAGAAUGUGCCUGGUCCAACACUCAUGAUAUAAAACAUCUACAAGUAUCUGAAGAUGUGAUUACACUGUCAGAUCAGACUGAAGAAACUGUAUUAGGAAGUACGGAUGUAUGCGAAGGUGAGGGAGAGGAGGAAGAAGUGUCUAAUGUUGAAAUAGAUCCAAAUCUUGUCCAAAUUUGUGCUACAAAUGAAGAACUAAAUCACAGAAUAACAUCUUUUAUCGAAAGAAAACGGCAACAAGUAAAUAUCGUGAAUGUACAAGAAUUCUGUUACCACAGGGAAGAAAAUGAUGAAAAUGAAGAUUCUUGUGCAAGAGUAGAUGCUAUUCUUAUUAGACGAAAAGAUUCUAAAAGUCAUGUUAAAGUACACAGGGUGCUUAAUGCAUGGGGACCACAAACAGUUGAUCAAUCUAUAUUACGUAAAGCAACCAUGUCAGGAAUGAAUCAAAGAAACAAUUAUUGUUCAUCUGUAUUGGAUGACAGAAUAUCAACCACUGAAAGAAUUCUUGGCAUAAAUCGACCUGUUCCCAAAGAUGUCUAUGAACGACUCAAAACUAUUGAGGAUCGAAUACUAUACUUAGAAGGCAUAUCUCCAGAAUAUAAAGAUUUUUGGAAGUCAGAGGACAUUAAUAGUCUCAAAGGAACUUUCAAACCACUUAGGAAAAGAACAUACUCCAUGGCAGAACUUGACUCCAAACUGCAUGAAUUAGAAGAUAAAUAUGUCAAAAGAAUAAAAUAA